AUGAAGUUUAACAUUGCAAAUCCAACCACUGGGUGCCAGAAGAAGCUUGAAAUCGAUGAUGACCAGAAACUCCGAGCAUUCUUUGACAAGAGGAUCUCGCAAGAAGUCAGUGGAGAUGCACUGGGCGAGGAAUUCAAGGGUUAUGUAUUUAAGAUUAUGGGAGGCUGUGACAAGCAGGGUUUCCCAAUGAAGCAAGGAGUUCUAACUCCAGGCCGUGUCCGUCUUUUGCUGCACAGAGGUACACCUUGCUUCCGUGGAUACGGCAGGAGAAAUGGAGAGCGCAGAAGGAAGUCUGUUCGUGGAUGCAUUGUUAGUCAAGAUCUCUCAGUUUUGAACUUGGUCAUUGUGAAGAAGGGUGAGAAUGAUCUUCCUGGCCUGACAGAUGUUGAGAAGCCAAGGAUGAGAGGUCCAAAGAGGGCGUCAAAGAUCAGGAAACUGUUUAACCUCUCUAAGGAGGACGAUGUCCGGAAGUAUGUUAACACAUACCGCCGAACAUUUGUAACGAAAUCUGGUAAGAAGGUUAGCAAGGCUCCCAAAAUUCAAAGGUUGGUUACUCCCCUGACUUUGCAAAGGAAGCGUGCAAGAAUAUCUGACAAGAAGAAGAGAAUCGCAAAGGCUAAGGCUGAGGCAGCUGAGUAUCAGAAGCUUCUUGCCACCAGGUUAAAGGAGCAGCGUGAGCGCCGCAGUGAGAGCUUGGCAAAGAAGAGAUCUAGACUUUCUGCUGCCUCAAAGCCCUCAGUUGUGGCUUAA